AUGCAGAUGAGCCUGCGUGACAAGUCAAAAUGGCCGCUGGAGCCAUUCAACGAUUCUGUCGAUACACAAGACAUGCGCAGAGAGUGGGAAGAAUGGCAUCGCGCAUUUGAGCUUCUUCUGGAAUUACGAGAUGUGGAGGAACAGCAUGACAAGUUGGUGCUGCUGUUGACUGUUGGUGGCCGCGGACUGCAGCGGAUCUAUUAUAAUCUCGGCCCGGUCGCGGAAGAAAUUUACCCGGAGCCGGUGAAGGUCCCGUACUGUCCGGAGGAAGUGCCAGAGUACGACAACGCGGUGAAGCGACUGAACAAAUUCUUUGUCGGUAAACGAAAUGAGCGCAUCGAACUGGAAGUGUUUCGCUCUUUGAAACAAGGUAGUGAUGAAAACUUCAACAACUUUCUUCUGCGCCUUCGUGCGCAGGCUGCGCGGUGUGAAUUCAAGGACAGGGAAGAGAAAGAGAUCCUGCAGCAAGUCACGAUGGGGGCACAUGAUGAACGGGUACGCGACAAGGGAUUGGAAGACGUAAUGGAUCUAGAUGAGAUAACGAGCUAUGCUGUUAAUCGCGAGAUUCUCGCGAGGCAAAAAGAAAAAUCGAAACCGAUGAGUGGUGAAUUGCCUUCGGGGUCUGUAGCGGCAGUAAAGCAAGAAUGGGCCUCGAAACCACGAAUGAGGAGCGACAUGAAGUAUUUCAAAUCCGAAUUCAACAGAGGAAAACGACAAGGAAGUACCCAGGGAGAGUGUAGCCGCUGUGGAGCAUACAGGCAUUCAUCAAGUUCAACGAAUUGCCCGGCUCGGAACGCAAGGUGCAACCAGUGCGGGCAGAUCGGACAUUUUGCACGCAAGUGUCGUGAUUCUCGAAGCGGACCAAAGAAACGCGCCAUGUGGAAGCGGUCGACUGACGAAACCAACUCGUUGCGGGAGAAUGAGGACUGGAUUGAAGAGCUUCCUCGUCGGCCGAAAACCGAGGAUAUUUCUAAGAGCGACCAAAACUGCAGCAACGAUGGCAUUGUUACAUGUCUAAUCGAUCGAUGUUCUGUAAAUUUUCUGGUCGAUUCCGGUUCAUCCAUUAAUGCAGUGACAACGGAAAUUUGGGCAGAACUGAACAAAAAGCAGGCAAAGCUGUCCAAGAAGAAAUCCCCACUCGAUCGUCGGUUCUCUGCAUAUGCAAGCCAGGAGCCCCUAAGGGUGUUGGAAGUAUUUGAGGCUUGGAUUUCUGUGAAUCCAUCGAAGCCAAAAAGUUACGUUGAAUUCUUCGUAAUCGAAGGAGCGAAUAAAUGUUUACUGAGUAAACGAACUGCAGAAGACCUGAAACUGUUGAAGGUAGGACUGGAUGUACAAAACGUUGAAGUCAAGCGGAAUCCUUUCCCAAAAUUUCCGGGCGUCCAGGUAAAAUUAUCUAUUGAUGAGGCCGUUCCCCCGAGGAAGAUUUCGUACCUUCGGGUGCCUGAACCAAUGGUGAGGAAGGUCGAAGAUAAAAUCGAUGAAAUGCUACGGUUGGAUAUAAUUGAACCGGUUGAAGGUGUUCCGGAAUGGAUUUCACCUAUGGUCGUUAUUCCGAAGGGAUCGAACGACGUUCGGCUUUGUAUCAAUAUGAAGUUCCCAAACGAAGCUAUCCAACGGGAACAUUUUCCGCUGCCAGUGAUUGAUACGUUGCUCAACAAGUUGAAAGGAUCCAGGUACUUUUCGCGCUUGGAUAUUACCUCGGCAUACCACCAUGUCGAACUGCACCCGGAUUCCCGGAGUAUUACCACUUUCAUGACUAGCCGUGGACUGAUGCGCUUCAAAAGGCUUAUGUUCGGGAUAAACUGCGCCCCCGAGAUAUUUCAGCGCAUUAUGACUGAAAUGCUGGAAGGGAUCGAAGGGAUCAUCGUGUAUAUCGACGAUGUGAUUGUAUCAGGACGAACGCUGCAAGAACACAACGCCCGAUUGCAAAAAGUGCUUGCAGUUUUGGAACAGAAUCAUGCCAUGUUGAACAAGAGCAAGUGUGUCUACGGGGUGCCGGAAAUGGAGGUAUUUGGUUUCAGAGUUAGUGCAGCGGGAAUCAGUCCCUCGGCGGAGAAAUCGUCAGCCAUAAAGAACUUUCGGGUGCCACAGUCCAAGGAGGAGGUCAGAAGUUUCCUGGGCUUAGUUAAUUUCGUUGGGCAUUUCGUACCACACUUGUCGACAAGAACAGAACCACUCCGCCAAUUCGUACGAGGAACCGUAGAUUCGUUUGGACAGGAACAACUUGCAGCUUUCAACGAUUUGAAGAAAGAACUUUCUCAAAACGUGAGAACGCUAGGAUUCUAUGACCCACAAGAUAUCACGGAGCUAUAUGUCGAUGCUUCUGCUGUAGGAUUAGGUGCAGUUCUCGUGCAGAGGGAUGAAGACAACAUACCGAGAAUCAUCAGUUUUGCGUCGAAAGGAUUAUCGUCGACCGAACGUAUCUAUCCUCAAACACAGCGAGAGGCGCUCGCCGUCGUGUGGGCGGUAGAGAAGUUUUAUCUCUAUUUGUAUGGGCUCAGAUUUAGCAUCUUUUCCGACCACAAGGCACUAGAGUACAUCUUUAGUGGGAAGCAUAGGGAUGGACGUCGAGCGUGCUCUAGAGCAGAAUCAUGGGCCUUGCGCUUGCAGCCUUAUGAUUUUGAGGUGAAAUACAUCCCUGGCUCGACCAAUAUAUUGGACAUUCUGUCUCGCCUGUGUCCCCAAGAUGAACCACCCUUCGACGAAGCCUCGGAACAUUUUCUGUUUGCGAUUGGAGAGGGUCCACUAGCAAUAACUCUGGAAGAAAUAAGAGUGGAAACGGCCAACGACGAAGUGCUUCCGGCAGUUAUCAUUGCCCUUGAGAAUAAUGAAUGGCCUGAAAAACUCUUCCGAUACCAAGCUUUCGCGAAUGAAUUGGGAGUUAUUGAUCAAGUUGUGGUACGUAACGAUAGAAUUGUUCUACCCAAGAAGCUGCGCUCUAGAGCUUUGGACAUAGCUCAUCGAGGUCAUCCGGGAAUUGUCACAAUGCGGCGAAACCUUAGAGAAAGGGUUUGGUGGCCUUGCAUGGAUCGCGAGGUAACUGAGAGAGUUCAAGAGUGUCUAGGAUGCACGGCUGUAAGCAGGCAAUUUCCACCAGAACCGAUGCUCAGGAAAGAGAUGUCGGAAAGAGCGUGGCAAGAAAUUGCCAUUGAUUUUUUCACAGCAAAGGAGUGCGCAACGUUCCUUGUGGCAGUUGAUUAUUUUAGCCGGUAUUUGAAGGUAAUCGAGAUGAAGACCACGACAGCUGCGAAAACCAUUGAAGCCCUGGAAGCGAUUUUUGCUGAACAGUCCUACCCCGAGAAAAUUCGCUGUGAUAAUGGACCGCCUUUUUCCAGCGAAGAAUUUUCGAUGUACUGUCAAGGUAAGGGCAUCAAGUUGAUACACACAAUUCCAUACUGGCCUCAGAUGAACGGUCUCGUCGAAAGACAAACCCAGGGCAUCUUGAGGGCCUUGCGUAUCGCGAAAGUAAUGAAGCAGGAUUGGCGCAAGGCUGUCACCGAGUACGUUCAUGCUUAUAACACUACUCCGCACUCUGUCACGGAGACGGCGCCAUUGGAGCUCUUAUUGGGCAGGCCAGUUAAGGAUAUGCUACCAUCGGUCAGAACCGAGCCAGAGUUGCGGUACGAAAGUAUUCGCGACAACGAUGCAAUGAAAAAGAUGGCAGGGAAAAUUUAUGCGGAUAAAAGACGACAUGCAAAGUCAUCUGACAUCUCCGUCGGGGAUAUGGUGAUGAUAAGAAACUACGACAUGGGAAAGCUGGAGCCCAAUUUCCGAGUGGAGCGUUUCAAGGUGAUUGAAAAAGUAGGAAGUGACACGAUUGUAAUGAGCGAAGAAGGGGUUAAGUAUCGACGCCCAAUAAGUCACCUCAAGAAAUGGCCAUCGCCGAAAUCAACGUUGGAGGAAGAACCGUUACUUUCGGGUACAACGCCAGCGAUACCAGCGAAUGAAGGAUCGAAACCUGACAUAACUCUUCCCCAAACCACAGGAACAAGAAAACGCAAAUCGUCCGUGCACCAUGGUGCUGAACCAAAACGUUCAGCUAGGUCCAGGAGAUCACCUACGCGAUACAGUCCGUAG